ACCUUCGAGUCUGUUAAUGCUCUCUCUCAAGACCAUUCUAUAGAUGAUUUCGACAGCAUAUUCGACAUCACCAUUGACAGUUUAAGCUGCUCUCACGAACUCAAAUGGGAUUUUUGGGGAGAAGACGAGGAUGAAGAUACAGGGGAAGAAGAAAAAAGCUUGAGUACUGAUCAAGAAGGCUCAAGUUUCGGGCUUUGGGACAAUAAGGCUACGGAUUAUGAAGACAAAGAGUUGGGUCUGAAGCUGAAUCUGAACCAUCAAGAAGUUAUCGAUGCUUGGUCUGAUCACCAGAAACCUCUGUGGACAGAUACUUCAUCUCCAGCCAAUUCCUUUUAUAGGGGAGAAGUACCAGUGAUAGAGGAAGAGAGAAACAUGAAAAGAGAAGCAAGUGUGUUAAGGUACAAAGAGAAACGACAGAGUAGACUCUUCUCUAAGAAGAUAAGAGCAAGUUUAUUGGGGGGUUCAUAUAAGGGGAGUUCUUAAAUUUUUUAUGAAUUAAUUGUGUACUGUUUGGAAUAUAAGAACUCAUGAUCUCUUAGAUAAAA